GUUGUUAGGGCGCAUACUUCCGCUACAUCGUAUAGUACUAGGUUAACAUACCGUUUCUAUCUUGUAGGGCCACAUAUGUAGGACCCAGUUUGUGGUCAAUUAAAGCUCUGAUUUGUAGUCUCCCAGAAAAGCUGUUGCCCUUUUUAAUGAGAAUAUCCCGGGCCAUGUCUUCAUUGGAAACGAUAAUAAACUUUUGACCCAUCAUUGAUGUUUGAUAAAUUGGACCAUAAAUAUCAGCCCACUCCUUCAGUUUAAGCCAGGCUGAUGUUAUUGGCAAAUCAUGGACUCGACCAAUCAAUGGCAGCUGUGUUGGCCCAGGAAAGCGAGACGAAUAGGAUCGGGCACUCUUCGUAGCUGUGAACACAGCAACCGCGGCUACGAGAAAGGCCACACUGAAUAAUAAGGGAAUAUUUAAUUCCAUGAUGAAAAGCAACUAUGUUUGGGUAUAAAUCUGGCUCGGGUGGUAUGAAUUGGUGAUAAUGCCAGGUUUCUUGCAGGAGGGGGAACUCAGGGUCUUAUGGCAGCGCAACCAGUCUCAGACUUCCAGAGCCUUGUGCGCGAGCUUAUUCCGCCGUCCAGUAAUGUGAUCGAUUAAUCGAAAGCAAGCCGAUGGUAUGGGCACAGCUAGACCCGCCAAUUGGCUACAAUUGCGCUUUAAAUCGUCGCCCAAACGCUGAGUCGGAGGGUUUUUGCUGUUGUCUGUGUGGUGACACGAAAGCCGCCGGUCCUGCCCACCCUUGUUUCUGCGUGCCAUUGUAGCGGGUAGAGACUUCAGUGAUGAUGUGAGAAUCUCAUUCGGUCUGGUACGCCACAACGGCUGUGGUUAUUCCCUACGCAGAAGGAAGCUGAUUUUCAUGUGUCUGAUACCAUGCACCGGAUAUCAGCCAAGCAAUCCGAAUGGCCUCUCCUUUGCUGAUAGUGUCGGUACUAUUGCAUUCCGCGUAGCCACUUCAACGGCAAUACUCCACUGAACCCACUGAGAAAGCCCCGCCGAUUGUCGCGUGGCGUGUUCCAGUGCAACAUAAUAGAUGAUGGACGUUUUAUUUUUGCUUUUGCGCAUCUUUCAAGCUGGUGGGUUCACCGGCUGCGGUCCCGGUAGCCCAUCGCAGCUUUUAUUGAAAGAGCCCUGGCAAGUAUCGGUCGCUAGUGUCGAAGGAUAAACAGAGUAUGCAGGGUCCCUAUUGUUGAUGUACGUCUAGUGACUGAGAGCGACUGCGGUUUUGGCCAAAGGGGACGCCCAUUUGACUUGUUUCUGGCCUCACAUCCGUGUUGUGAUUGUUGCUUUUUCUGAUUGUCUGUCAGGCGAUACCAGAGAUGCAAAUCUCCAAUCACAGCCAGUGGUUUGCGCCCGGCCCGCCGCAUUUUACGUUGUCUUACUCUGUCGUGGCCCUCUCCAUGAAUCGUUUGCCGCCACACCAAACGUGCUCCAAGCAUGGGGCGUCCCAUCCCUGCGGCCCUCGCAACGUGGUUGAGUAGACCGCGCGAACGAGACCCCUUAAAAGACAAAAGGUGGCACCAGAAAAGCAAUCCUGAAUCGUGGUAGUGUCACUUUAUAUAUUCGUGGUCUGCCAUCUCUGUGGGUAGAAGGUUGUUGUCAGUUACCAUCCGCUCUUUUGCCAACGUUUGAUCGACAUCGAAUUUUGUAAAAUAGGAUACCGACGUUUGGAGAUUGAACCGAUAACCGAUACGAGACGAUAACUGGUCGCUGAAAGCAAUUUGUUAGCAAACGCCAUUGUAAUCAAGAAACAGAGGAGAAAUAUCCAAGCUUAUAUUUUUCUCCUUCUUGAUAAGCCCUCAUCUAGUUGACACCUGCGCCAGCUGGCCGCCUCUGGUGUCCCUGUCACCGUUACUUUGCCACCUUUGGUCUGCCAUUCCACGCCGCUCGCCGAGUCCCGCUUCGACGUUGCCGCCGUUUUGCUGUCUGCCCGCUUUUCCUCGCAUGACAUUGUUUGCUCGUCACAAUCUGGCGUGCACACUGCAUCGGGCUCAUUACGCAAUUAAGUAAUCUGCUUGAUUAAUUAGCGGCCGCAGCCUUCCCCGCAAUGGGUCUCUUUUCAAGAAGGAACAAGAGUCCCAAGGGCAGCUCUUCUCCCAUCAGCCCCUCACACUCAAGCGUUAGCUUUGGAUCUACCACCUCCAAGCAACAUAUUGUCAAUCGCGUAUCAGCAACUGGAUUUUCUGGAGGAUCUCUAUCAGGCAUGGCAUCACCAAAGCUCCCAAAGGUCGACUUGCCUCGCCCACCCGAUCCUCAGCUGGACCCUGCGGGAUACCUCCGCAGUCUUGGUGCAGUCCGGGAGCGGAGCAAACUCAUACUCGAUAAAGCAAUGCGAAAUGAGCUGGCUCAUUUUGAUACUGAUUUGGAGAAGCUCUCAGAUGUGGUUACAUUUGUCUCUAGACUAAUUAAGAGAGACUAUGACGCCCCAUUCACUUCCAUUCCGCCACAUGGAAGAUAUCAACACUUUGCAGUGGGUAGUAAAGACCGCGUUGCGAAUUUGCUGGCUUCUUGGCCAGCGGAGCUUGACCGCACUGAGCGCUGUCGUCGCUUGAUUGAUUUGUUCCUUGUCAGCGUACUGCUUGAUGCUGGUGCUGGAACCCAGUGGAGCUACAAGAGUACUGAGGAUGGCAAGAUAUACCGUCGAUCUGAAGGACUGGCUGUGGCCAGCUUGGAGAUGUUUAACAAGGGUCUUUUCUCUGGCAACCCUGACAAUAACUUCCAAGUGGAUGCCGUUGGUCUUGGUCGUCUACAGGUCCAAGAUCUCGCAUCUGGUCUCCAAUCCGCUGCGGGCAAUGAGCUCGCAGGGCUUGAAGGCAGAACUGAACUUCUAAUUAGGCUCGGUACAGCGCUGUCCCAAAAGCCUGACUUCUUUGGUGAAGAUGCACGACCAGGAAAUAUGAUAGAUCAUAUUAUCUCCCAUCCCUCAACGCAAUGCGCUUCAGCGGUUAUUGCACCUCUGCCAGUGCUUUGGAAUAUUCUGAUGAACGGUCUAGGCCCAAUAUGGCCCCCCUCACGAACUACCAUUGAUGGUGUUUCGCUUGGCGAUGCUUGGCAUUGUCAAUCGAUGCCUACGAGCCACCUCAAUGCUCAGUGGGAAACAAUCGUACCGUUUCAUAAGCUCACACAGUGGCUCACGUAUUCCCUAAUGCAACCGAUGCAGUCCUUGCUGAAUAUCCAUUUUGCUGGAGCCGAAUUGCUGACGGGUUUACCUGAGUACAGAAAUGGUGGACUGUUUGUAGACCUGGGCGUGUUGUCGUUGAAGAAACACGACGUUGACCGUGGUCUUGAGAACUACUCUGACUAUUGUCGGCGUAAAAAUACCAAACCAGUGGAGGUUGCACCAAUGUUCGAACCCUCCGAUGACGUUAUUGUGGAAUGGAGAGCUGUUACCGUUGGCCUUCUUGACAUACUCUGCGAGAAGAUUAAUAUAGCCCUUCAAACUGAGCUCGCUGGGAACGAGUUGACGUUACCACAGCUGCUGGAAGCUGGAAGCUGGAAGGGUGGACGAGAAAUUGCAGAGAUUCACCGCCCAAAUACCAAGGAACCGCCCAUUUUGAUUGAGAGUGAUGGUACCGUCUUUUAAAGCCCGCUAGUUCGCACCCUCUAUGCGAAAUAUUAUGUUCACUUUAGCAAAGGAUCGGUCGACGUUGGCAGCAGAGAUUAGUUUGGGGAAGCUGCCUUAGUAUAGUAUGAUAUAUGAACCGACAUAACAAGGUUUGAUGAACGUUAUAAUACAAUUUUUCUACCUUCCAAUAACCCUUUCAGAGGUGCCAGAUGAAUUGCAAAUCUGUAGCAUGAUGCCUGGCAGGCAAAUGUUCGAAUCCAAGAGAUGAAAUUUUGUUGUACAAGAAAUGGGACGACCAGAGCUGAUUCUACUGUUUGUACUUUCUGUCAAACUCCUCGCGCUCUUGCUCUCUGCGUGUUUGCUCCAGCUUGCGCAUGAGUUCGCGGCGCUUCUUUGCCGCCUUUUCUUCCUCGGUAGCAGCGUGUUGACCAGUCAUGUUGCUGAUUUGCUGAGAGAAACCAGAAGUAAGGUCUUUCAGGGCACCAUUUGCGCGGCCGCGGAUACCCUCAGCGUUGGCCUCAGACACCGCGCGGGGUGCUUGGUAAACUGGUGCCUGGGGAGUAUCGGCUGGACGGUGUGUAGCCAAGCCGAGGCUACGGCGGACAGAAUCGUUGUUCAAAAUGAACGCAGAGACGCAAGUCGAGGCACUGAAUGCGGCUGUCAUGAGGUUGAUACCGGCACUCAUGUAGGCCGUGACAACGAAACCAACGGCACCGAAACCGUACAUGGCGAACUUCAUCAUCUUGUGCUGGGCGGGUGGGCUGUGCUUCAUGUUCAACUAAUACAUGUUAGUUAUAUAUCAACCGUACUUGCCCAGAGACAACUUACCAGCAAACUGACGCUCAUCAAACCAGUACCAAUGGCUGGGAGGACGAAGUAUGGAUCAGCAACAGUCAAGUCGGUGAACCAAAGGUAGCCAGAGUUCUCCAAGGCUGGUACAGGAAUCUGCGACAUGCCACGAAUGAUGCGGAAGAGACCGAAGGUGAAGGGGAUCUGCAUGAAAGCCCAGAGCAUGCCGGUGCUGCUGGCACCAUAUUCCUUUUGUAGAACCUUGCGCAGGAAUGCACUUCGCUGGUUGGCCUCCAUAUCGUUGUUCUGCAACGCCGUCUUUUGGAGGGUCAUGACCUCGUUAAAUCUUGGGUCGGCCUUCAUUCUCUGCAUUACAGCGUUGAAUCGGAGACUGCGGACCUGAGGGUAGAACAUGACGACACGGAGAAGGACGGCAGUACCGAUAAUGGAUGCACCCCAGCCGAGCCCUGUCCAGACAUGAACGUGCUCGAGAAUCCACUGCAUAACGGAGGUAGGUCCCCAGCCAUAGUCCAAGCCAAGAGCAUGGAGAUAGCCCAAUUGCUCAGGCAUGUUCAGAACAUCCUGGCCAUUGACGAUGUCGUUGAUAGCCUGAAGAUCGAUUUCAGAGGCGGUAACAGAGGCCAGAUCAGGAACACUCUCCUUAACGGUGGCAGCAGCCUCAGCAACCUUUUCCUCGGCCUCCUUUAUCGUCUCGAUCGCGGCGUUCGGGGCCUCGGGAGUCGUCUUCUUACCACCCCAUCCCCAUCCCCAGAGGGAGAGAUGACGGGCUCCAGCGACGGAUGCCACGGUGGCUGUUGGUACAAUCGAUCUUGUGCGGAUAUGCGAGGCCGUCGACAAAAGGCCAUUCGAAGUGCGGAAUGAGGUACCGAAAGAACGAGAGGCCGCGGGUGCGUUGCCGCUCUGAAAGGAGGUGGUUAGUUGCUGGACGCAUUGAGCAUCAAACGUAGAACGUACGGCCAAUCGACCAGCGGCAAGUCUCUGCGACAUCGCAGAACUAACAGACCGCGGAAUUCCCCUGCUAGAAAGCAUUUUGUUGCGGG